UGUCGGGUCCCCGGCUAAGGUCCGACUCUAGCCGGCUAAGGUCGGUCCUAGCCGAAAUUUCGGCUAAGGUGUACAGUGCCCCCGACUCAUUCCUACAUUAGCCGGCUAAGGCUGGCUGGGACCUACCUUAACCGGUUAAGGUAGACCUUAGCCGGCCUAGAGCGGCUAAAGUAGUCCCUAUCUAGCGCGGCUAAAGUAGUCCCUAUCUAGCGCGGCUAAAGUAGUCCCUAGCUAGCGCGGCUAAAGUAGUCCCUGGGGGAAGUUUCUUAUGCUCAUGUCUCAACCUAUUAUAGGGCGCGUUCAAUAUUCGAGGUUUUUGAGUGUAAGUAUGCCUCUAGCUGGCAGUGACUCGACUCAGACAUAACGGCGCGCUAUUGAACACGCCCUAUUGUUGUAGAGGUGGUGGGGGUUGGGUGGUUGCCUGGCGCUAGUUUUAAACCUUUAAACAAUCUUGUCACUCGAGGCGUUGAACACACACGUUGAAAUGGAGCAUCCUGAAGAUCUUCCCCCCAACCGGGAAAAAUUCGAAGAAAAGCUGGCAGCCAUAACGGAGAAGAAGGGCAUUAAUGCUGCGUAUUUGUCGGAGGAGAAAUACGCGAAAGUGGUGCAGGAGGUGAAGGAGGCAACGGAGAAGAAAGUUGGAAGGACAAAGAAGGACCGCGACCGCAUCAGGAAGUACUCCAUCUGCACGGUGAACGGACAGGAGCGGCUCAUCGAGCCUCCAACUGGAGGCGACAUCAAGUAUUACGUGAGUAACGGCGAGAUGUACGACGCCCUCAUGGAGGCCCAUUUGGCGGUUUCUCACGGGGGGAAGAACCGCAUGCUGCCCAUCCUCGGGCGAAAAUACUGCAAUGUAAGCCAAGAGGCCGUCCUGCUAUUCCUGUCUCUGUGUGGCAUUUGCUUGGCGAAGAAGAAGCCAAAGAAGAGAGGGAUUGUGGUAAAGCCAAUGGUGUUCGAGGAAAUGAAUCAGCGCUGCCAGGUCGACCUCAUUGACAUGCAGAGUCACCCGGACGGAGCAUACCGAUUCAUCUUCGUGUAUCAGGACCAUCUCACCAAAUUUGUAGUCCUGCGGCCGCUGGAAAGAAAGACGGCAGAAGAGGUGGCAGACAAUUUGCUUGAUGUGUUCUGCAUCUUCGGGGCGCCGUCGGUCCUCCAGUCGGACAACGGGCGCGAGUUCUGCAAUCACCUGAUCACGGAGAUGACUGCAAAAUGGGAAGAGGUGAAAAUUGUGCACGGGAAGCCGAGGCACUCGCAAUCGCAGGGCUCGGUGGAACGUGCAAAUCAAGAUGUUCAAGACAUGCUGACUGCCUGGAUGAUGCAGAACCGGUCCACCAAGUGGUCCCAGGGUCUGCGGUUCAUCCAGUGCGCCAAGAACCGUGCCAUUUAUCAGGGCACUCGGAUCUCCCCCUAUGAGGCGAUGUUCGGGAGCCCGAUGAAAGUGGGCCUUCGCUCCAAGUUUCCAUCUGGAGCAGUGGAUGAUCUGCAGACUGAGGAGGAGCUGCAGGACUUCCUGGAGGGAAUGCGAUUUGGCAACGCAGAUUCGCCAAUGACGCAGGCCACCCAAGACGAAGCAGCAGGAGGAGCAUCGCAGCCAUCUCCGAUGACUCCACGGCGAGGUGUCCCACUCCACAUGCUCACCGGAUCACCACCUGUCCAGCCCACUACUCCAGCUGCCCCAGUACUCCAGUCGGCACCGCGCUCCAUCCUGAAAACACCUCUUCGCCAGUCUACGUCCGCUCUGCAGAACACUCCUGUCUCAACGCCGCGUUUCGUCGGAUUUCCUGCAGCAUCCCAAGUCCCUGUAGCAGCUGACGACGAGGCUGUUUCGCUGUUCUGCUGCAACCAGUGUGGAGAGGCCUGCAGCGCGCAUGAGGAAUGCAGCGAGUGCGGCACAGGGCUCCACCUCAAGAGUCGGCAUAUUCUUCAGUUUCUUAAGUUUCUUUAG